CAAGGAACUCCACUAACGUGUGCUGGUGCUGUUGGCUGUUGAUGGAGUGGAUAUGACUCUGAAGAAAGCGAUCAUUGUUCCCGGGAAUGGAGCCGGAGAUGUGGAGCGCUGCAACUGGUAUGGGUGGGCGAACAAGCAGAUCAAUAAGAUUCCAGGGAUGACCAGCCUGCUGCGGAACAUGCCGGACCCGGUGACCGCGCGCGAGACCAUCUGGCUGCCCUUCAUGGAGGAGGAGCUGAAGUGCGACGCGGAGACGGUCAUCAUCGGCCACAGCUCGGGGGCGGCGGCCGCCAUGAGGUACGCGGAGACCCGCAAAGUCUUCGCCAUCAUCCUGGUCGGGGCGUACACCUCGGACUUGGGAGACGAGACGGAGAGAGAGAGCGGCUACUUCAGCCGCCCGUGGCAGUGGGAGCAGAUCAGAGCGAACGUCGGCCACAUCGUCCAGUUCGGCUCCACCGAUGACCCCUUCCUGCCUUGGGAGGAGCAGGAGGAAGUGGCCAAAGGCUUGCAGGCGGAGCUUCACAAGUACUCGGACCGUGGCCACUUCAUGAACUCCCAGUUCCCCGAGCUCAUAAACGCGGUCAAGAAGCUCAAAGAAGCUGCGUAGUAAUGCAACAGGCAUCCCCAACCGGCCUGCUCUUUUCUUUGCCACCAUUACAGUGCAUGUCCCACAUCAGUGACCCACUAGAGCUGUCCGUUAUUCUAGACACAAUCACACAACAACAAAACAACAACAACAAAAUGCAAAACUUGAUUCUUUAAACUGAUAUUCACUCACACAAGUUUGCAAGAGACUGAUCUGAGAGACUGAGACUGAAAACGGUUUGAGACUGAUCACAGAUUUGAGAAUGGGUCAUGGCUAUAAAUAUCAAUAUCGAUAUCAAAUUCGAAUGGUUCCUUAGGUUAUUCCUCUGCCAAAGAUGAAUACAUAUGUGGUUUUGUACCCUUAUAACUAUUUCUAUUCAUUCCGACACACAGUAUCCCAUUCAUCGAUCCCAUGAUUAGGCUCAUAACUAUCUAGGAUGAGGUAUGACUCUACUGUAGGCUACAAACAGCCUGCAUUUGUCAUGACUUGACAACGGGACAUUUAUUUUUAUAACACACAGCUCUCUGAAGUAGAAAAGUGCCUGCUUCUGUUAAAAUGGGACACUUUGAUCAAAUUAAAAGAGUCUUAGUCAGUAAAACUGACAACACAUUUUUCAUAUUCUAGAUUUGAGAUAAUAAUCUUCUACACCUCUGACUAAUACCAGGCUAACCAUGACAGAAUCGUUCACAUACGCAUGCUCUGUAAAUGAAAUAAAGUGCC